AUGUCGGAUAUCUGCUACCGUCCUCCUGGAACACAGUUGAAUAUUUUGAACGGUGUUAAUUUUUCUCUGCGUGAGAAAAGCUUUGGCUUGAUUUUUGGGAAGAGCGGGAGCGGUAAAACUACACUUUUGCAGCUUCUUGCUGGGCUAAACAAACCGACAUCAGGCUCCAUUUGUAUCCAAAGAUAUGGGGAUGAUGGCCAGCCAAAGACGGAUCCUGAGUUGUUGCCCACUGAAAAGGUGGGCAUUGUGUUCCAGUUUCCAGAGAGAUUCUUUGUUGCAGAUAAUGUGCUUGAUGAAAUUACUUUUGGUUGGCCAAGGCAAAAAGGUAGUUUGCAGUUGAAGGAGCAUCUGACUUCGAACCUCCAGAGAGCAUUUAAUUGGGUUGGAUUAGACAGCAUCCCACUUGAUAAAGACCCCCAGUUACUAAGUGGAGGCUACAAGCGUCGGCUUGCACUAGCUAUUCAAUUGGUGCAAACUCCAGAUUUAUUGAUACUGGAUGAGCCCCUCGCUGGUCUUGAUUGGAAAGCACGUGCAGAUGUUGCAAAGCUCUUGAAGCACCUAAAGAAGGAACUGACUUUACUUGUUGUAAGUCAUGACCUAAGAGAGUUAGCAUCCUUAGUCGACCAGUCAUGGAGAAUGGAAACAGGUGGCAUUCUUAUUGCUGAACGUCCACCAGUUUAG